UAAAUAUUUAAAAACCGUUAUCAAAAGUCGGGUUCUUACAUUAGUGUUGUAGUAUAUUUUCUUCCUCUAGUAAAUGGAAGGGAUCUUUGAAUAAAGUAGAAAAUCACAAUAAAAUUAUAAUUUGAAAAAGAAACCAAUAAAAUUUUUAUAAAAACUAAAAAUUCAACCCCUUUUUUGUUUUUUAUUUUAAAAAUUACUGUUUGAACCACCGGGAGUGGAGCCUUGACAGUGAACCCGUAUCAGCUUAUCGACACUCUCGCCCUGCCAUCCCCAUUCCUGCAACUCAUCACACUGAAAACCUCCAUACCCUCCCAUGUCUGCUCCGGUCCUCCUUCACCAGCUUUUCUUUUCCCCUCCUCCUCUCUCCUUCAAAACCCCUGACCCAAAACCCCUUCAAAAACCACUCUCUCCCAUCAUCGCCGGAACACCCCAACCUCUACCCUUCUCUGGCCGUAAGCUACGCGCCGCCGUGAUCGGCGGUGGCCCUGCCGGCUCCUCGGCUGCCGAGGCCCUCGCGGCCGGCGGACUCGAGACUUUCCUGUUCGAGCGCAGCGCCGCCACCUCCAAGCCCUGCGGCGGCGCCAUCCCCCUCUGCAUGCUCGACGAGUUCUCCAUCCCCGCUCACCUCAUCGACCGUCAGGUCACUCAGAUGCGGAUCAUCUCGCCGUCGAAUCUCAUCGUCGACUUCGGCAAAACACUAAAGCCUCACGAGUUCAUCGCCAUGCUCCGCCGCGAAGUCCUCGACUCCUACCUCCGCGAUCGCGCCCAAUUCAACGGCGCAAAUCUCGUCUCCGCCCUCGUCACGCGUCUUGAGGUUCCCCGCUCUCCGAGCGCACCGUACGUCGUGCACUACACGAUCAACAACUCCCGACGGUCCCUCGCCGUCGACGUCGUCAUCGGCGCCGACGGAGCGAACAGCAAAGUGGCGAAGGCGAUCGGAGCCGGGGAGUACACCUGCGCGAUAGCGUUCCAGGAGAGGAUCAAAUUACCGGACGAGAAAAUGGCGUACUACGAAAAUCUCGCCGAGCUGUACAUGGGCAGUGACGUGUCGCCUGACUUCUACGCGUGGGUGUUCCCCAAGUGCGACCACGUGGCGGUGGGCACGGGUACAGUGCAGUCGAAGCAGGAUAUUAAAUUGUACCAGAGAGGGAUCAGGCGGCGGGCGAAGGCGAAGAUCAACGGCGGAAAAGUGAUCAAGGUAGAGGCCCACCCAAUCCCGGAGCACCCGAGGGCGCGGCGCGUGAGGGGGCGGGUGGCGCUGGUGGGGGACGCCGCGGGGUACGUGACGAAGUGCGCGGGGGAGGGAAUAUACUUCGCAGCGAAGAGCGGGAGGAUGUGCGGGGAGGCGAUAGUGAGGGCAUCGGAGGGUGGGGAGAGGAUGAUAACGGAGGGUGAUCUGAGGAGAGAGUACCUGAGGGAGUGGGACGCGAAGUACCUGAGCACAUUCCGGGUGCUGGACCUGUUGCAGAGGGUGUUUUACGGGAGUAACGCGGCGAAGGAGGCUCUGGUGGAGAUGUGCGGGAGCGAGUACGUGCAGCGCGUGACGUUUGAGAGCUACCUGUACAAGAGGUUGGCGGAUGGGAAUAGGUGGGAGGAGGUGAAGAUGGUGUGGAACACCAUUGGGAGUUUGGUUCGCUGUAACAUUGUGGGCGGAAAAUGGGGCGUUUGAAAGUGGUUUGUGGAAAAUUCUGCUUUGGUUAAUGAAAAAAUUUAACUCUCUUCCUGA